CUUGCCCAGCUCACUGAAACAGAAACUGGCCGUCUCGAGACGGAAUUGCAAAGCUGGAAGUCACUUCCACCUGCUUUCAGGGGUCCUCUCUGAGAAGUUUGUGGUGGCAGUGGAUGGGAGCCAAAGAAGAGACGAUGAGUUUAGAAAAGUGGCCAAGUCUCGAAGCCACGGGCAGGCAGAGUUUGGCAGUGGCCCCUCGGCAGCAACAGACAGAGAUGGCGGAGUACCUGAGGCUGCCCCACUCCCUGGCGCUGAUCCGCCUCCGAAACCCGCCUGUCAACGCCAUCAGUCCGGCUGUAAUCCAUGGAAUAAAGGAAGGACUACAGAAGGCUAUGUCAGACUACACAAUAAAAGGAAUUGUGAUUUCUGGAGCAAAUAAUAUCUUUUGUGCAGGUGCAGAUAUCCAUGGCUUCAGUGCACCUCUAUCCUUUGGCACUGGCAGUGGAUUGGGACCCAUAGUAGAUGAAAUGCAGAGAUAUGAGAAGCCAGUGGUGGCUGCUAUCCAAGGCAUGGCUCUUGGAGGGGGACUGGAGCUGUCCCUGGGCUGUCACUACAGGAUUGCGCAUGCAGAGGCUCGAAUUGGUUUCCCAGAAGUCACGCUAGGGAUUCUUCCUGGUGCAAGAGGAACCCAGCUUCUCCCCAGACUCAUUGGAGUUCCUGCUGCACUUGACUUAAUAACCUCAGGACGGCAUAUUACAGCAGGUGAAGCACUCAAGCUGGGUAUUCUGGAUAAAGUCGUUAAUUCAGCCCCAGUUGAAGAAGCAAUCAAAUUCGCUCAGAAAAUUUUAAAUCAACCCCUAGAACCUCGCAGAAUCCUCAACAGGCCAGUCCCCAGCUUGCCCAACAUGGACGCCAUUUUUGGGGAAGCCGUCGAGAAGAUGCGGAGGCAGCACCCAGGGCAGCUUGCUCCGGAGACCUGUGUCCGUUCAGUCCAGGCCUCUGUGCAGUACCCCUAUGAAGAGGGCAUCAAGAAAGAGAGAGAACUGUUUCUGUACCUUCAGCACUCCGGGCAGGCCAAAGCCCUGCAGUAUGCCUUCUUCGCUGAGAGAAGUGCACCCAAGUGGUCAACCCCAUCUGGAGCCUCCUGGAAAACAGCUGCUGCGCGCCCAGUCUCCUCCGUUGGUGUUCUUGGCUUGGGAACAAUGGGCCGAGGCAUCGCCAUUUCUUUUGCAAGGGUCGGGAUCCCUGUGAUUGCUGUGGAAUCAGACCCAAAGCAGCUAGAAACUGCACAGAAGUUAAUAACUUCAAUCUUGGAGAAAGAAGCAUCCAAAAGCAGGCAACAGUGUGGCCAGCAAAGGUCAGGACCAAAACCUAGGUUCAGCUCAUCUAUGAAGGACCUAGCCAGUGUCGAUCUAGUCGUCGAAGCAGUAUUUGAGGACAUGAACCUGAAGAAGCGGGUCUUUGCUGAACUGUCAGCUGUGUGCAAGCCAGAAGCUUUUCUGUGCACCAAUACUUCAGCCCUGGAUGUGGAUGAAAUUGCUACUUCUACCAAUCGCCCUCAGCAGGUCAUCGGCACUCACUUCUUCUCCCCAGCUCAUGUUAUGAAGUUAUUAGAGGUUAUUCCCAGUCGACACUCAUCCCCCACCACCAUUGCCACUGUUAUGGACCUAGCAAAGAAAAUUAAAAAGGUCGCAGUUGUUGUAGGCAACUGUUACGGUUUUGUUGGGAAUCGCAUGUUGAGAUCUUAUUAUGAACAGACUAAUUUCUUAUUGGAAGAUGGCAGUAAGCCAGAGGACAUAGAUCAGGCACUGGAAGAAUUUGGUUUCAAGAUGGGGCCCUUUCGAGUUUCUGACCUUACUGGCUUAGAUGUGGGCUGGAGAGUUCGCAAGGGGCAAGGUCUUACUGGGCCUGUGCUGCCUCCAGGAACUCCUGCCCGAAAGCGAGGCAAUGCAAGGUACAGCCCCAUUGCUGAUAUGCUGUGUGAAUUGGGAAGAUUUGGCCAGAAGACUGGUCAGGGUUGGUAUAAAUAUGACAAGCCAUUGGGUAGGAUUCACAAACCUGACCCCUGGCUUUCCAAAUUCCUGUCAGAAUACAGAGAGACCCAUCACAUCAAACCGCGUGUCAUUGGGCGGGAUGAGAUCCUGGAGCGCUGCUUGUACGCACUCAUCAAUGAAGCCUUCCGGAUCUUGGGGGAAGGGAUAGCUGCUAGUCCAGAGCACAUUGAUGUGAUCUACUUGCAUGGGUAUGGCUGGCCGCGGCACAAAGGUGGGCCCAUGUUCUAUGCCUCUACCGUUGGGCUGCCCACAGUUUUAGAGAAGUUGCAGAAGUAUUACCAGCAGAAUCCUGAUAUUCCCCACCUGGAGCCCUGCAACUAUCUAAAAAAGCUGGCUUCCCAGGGAAACCCUCCUCUGAAAGAAUGGCAGAGCCUGGCAGGGCUACCCAGCAGUAAAUUGUGAUUCAGCCUUCUCAGUUGGGCUCACAUACUGGAGUCAGAAAAAAAAAAGAAAACAAAAACCGUGAAAUUCAAUCCUAAAUUGCAAUCUUUAGAAUGUGCUUCCUAUACUUCUGAGUCUGUCCCUAUUAUUAAAUUCAGUGAAUGAACUUGUGUUAACACAAUGCCAUGCUAUCUGAUGAAUAUGUUAAGGUUCCCAAGUGCUUUGAUCGUUGGAGAAAUAUGUCAUCAAUUUAUAAAUGACAUGCAUCUGUUAAAUAUAUUUAAGUCAUAAACUAAUUUUGUCAAUUAAGUCAUAAACUCAUUUUGGCCCCUUAGCGUCCCAUACGCAGUAUGGAUCACACACAUUCACUGAGUCUCUCCUGAACAUCUCUGACCAUCAGAGAGCACCUAGCAGACCUACAGUCCAGUGGGGCAUUAAACCAACAUGGGAACCUGCAUUGGAUUCUCGUGGAGAAGGUUGGCAGGGCAGAGUCGGCAGUGGCAACCUCUGUGUGUAGGUAGACAAAGCUGCCUACAGACAGGUAGAGGUAGUAACUUGACAGAGGCAAGACACAUGCAGGAAUUGCCAACAGAGUCAAGAAUGUCUGGCCAGAAUGGGGAACUGGAGAGCACCUGGGUAUGUCAUGCUCAGCCUGUAUCUAUGCAAGGUCCAAUCUCAUGUAAGUAGUCAUUCUUGAUGCUUAGAGAGGGCUUAGUGAUUUUUGAUAAUUUCCGUAAGACAGACAGACAGACAACCCCUGCCACCCAGUCUUUACUUUUCUAUUCAAAGUGAGACAGAGACAGUAAGUUGUUGACCCAGUGUAAGAAGGGAUUAUAGGGAAGGCACAAUCUUCAGAGAUUCCUUGAUUUGUGAUAGUGUGAUGACGCCAUUUUCACUGGCAGGAUAAGCCUUCCUGAUAUUGUCUGUGGAAACAGUUAAAUCUUGAAACAUCUAAAAUUAUUCCAAAACAAAAUUUUAUACUUUCAUUGUAACUAUAAGAAUUCUUCUGUUUGCCAAGGAUUUAGCUCAGUGGCAUAAGCAUAUGCCUGGCAAGCACAAGGUCAUGAGUUUGAUCCCUGAAAUAAAAAAAAAAAAAAGAGUUCCUCUGUUUGACUUUUUGCCCUAUAUAGUUAACAAUUAAGGGCUUAAUCAACAGAAAAGCAUGUGUAGAAAUGUUGAUAACAGAGUUCUUCAUAAUAGCCCCAAACUGGAAUCAAUCAAAUAUCCAUCAACUGAUGAGUGGUAAACUAAAUGCAGUAUAUCCAUACAGUGGACUAUUAUUCAGCCACAAAAAGAGGACAAAGCACUGAUACGUGUCACAAUAUGAUGAACUUUGAAAACAUUAUGCUAAGUGGAAGUAGCCAAUCACAAAAGACGUAUGACCAUCUGAAUACAAUGUCCAGAAUAAGUAAAUCUACAGAGCCAGAGAGUAAUCUGGUGGCUGAAGAAGCCAAAAUUUUAUAGGGUAAGGAAAGGGAAGCAGUGGCUACUGGGUACAAAGUUUAUUUUGGGUUUGUAAAAUUAUUGUGGUGAUGAUGAUAUAAGUGUACUAAAAACCAACCAAAUUAUAUAAUUUUAUAUUGUAUCAUGUGAAGGGAUAAAUUUUUGUUAUGUGAAUUGCAUAUCAGUAAAGUUUUUAAUUAACUAAUA